AUGCUUUUAGAUAUCAACCGGAAACUAUUUACUCGCUCGGACAGAGUAAAAUCUGUCGAUUUCCAUCCUACUGAGCCUUGGGUCCUUGCUGGGCUUUACAAUGGGACUGCACACAUUUACAAUAUCGAUAGUGGGGCUUCGAUCCGAUCUUUUGAGGUUGCAGAAGUCCCUGUCCGAUGUGUCCAAUUUAUUGCCCGCAAGCAGUGGUUUGUUGCAGGCUCAGAUGAUUUCCAACUUCGUGUGUUCAAUUAUAACACCCACGAGAAAGUGGCUGCUUUCGAGGCCCAUCCCGAUUACAUCCGUUGCUUGACCGUUCAUCCCACCCUCCCGAUAGUUUUGACUGGAAGUGAUGACCUGAUGAUUAGGGCUUGGGAUUGGGAGAAAAGUUGGAAAUGCACUCAGGUAUAUGAAGGCCACUCCCAUUACAUCAUGAAUCUUGCUGUAAACCCCAAGGAUGCAAAUACAUUUGCAUCUGCUUGCCUUGAUCGAACUGUCAAAGUGUGGUCAUUUGGUGUUAAUUAUGUUCAGUACUACCACGGCAGUGACAAGCCGUACUUGUUAACCACUGGUGACGACCGGCUCAUCAAAAUAUGGGAUUAUCACUCAAAGUCUUGCGUACAAACCCUCGAAUCUCACACCUCUAACGUAUCUUUUGCCAUCUUUCAUCCCUCACUGCCCGUUAUCGUCUCAGGUUCUGAAGAUGGCACUGUCAAAAUAUGGCACGCCAACACUUACCGACUUGAGAGCACCCUUAAUUACAAUCUUGAGAGAGCAUGGUGUGUGGCAUCUCGCAAGGGACUAAAUGAUGUUGCUGUUGGAUAUGACGACGGUCUCGUGGUCAUCCAACUUGGGCGCGAAGAACCAUCGUUCAGCAUGGACCAUUCUGGGAAGGUCGUCUAUGUGCGCAAUACAGAAGUCCUCUCUGUAAAUCUCCAACCGACCCAAGAGGACGCGACACCUGAGGGGCAGCGCCUCAACCUAGCACCAAAGGAACUCGGCUCGACGGAAAUAUACGCUUCCUCACUGCAACAUUCGCCGAAUGGUCGCUUCGUCACUGUCUGUGGCGACGGCGAGUACAUCAUCUAUACCGCACUUGCCUGGCGCAACAAAGCUUUCGGAACCGGGACAUCUUUUGCUUGGGCGGGAGAUUCGAACACGUACGCGGUGGCUGAAAGCAAGACCAAGAUUAAGCUGUUCAAAAACUUCAAAGAGAAGUCUGGUGGUGGAUGGGCAGGUCUUAAAGGUCUCUCGGGAUGGACUAUCGAGGGCGGCGUUUUCGGAGGAACGCUUCUUGCCGCCAUUGGUGUAGGGUUUGUUAUCUUUUGGGAUUGGGAAACGGGAGAGGUCGUCCGAAGAAUAGAAGUCGAUGCUAAAAAUGUGAUAUGGUCGGGGACGGGAUUCUUAGUGGCUAUCACUGCAGAAGACUCUUUCUAUGUGCUCCGAUUCGACCGUGACGCCUACAACCAGAGACUUGAGGAAGGUGCCGAAAUCACCGAUGAAGGUGUCGAAGAAGCGUUCAACGUGGUUGCCGAAAUCACAGAAAGUGUGAAGACUGCCAAAUGGGUGGGCGAUUGUUUCGUGUAUACCAAUGGAGCCAACCGAUUGAACUAUCUCAUCGGAACCCAACCGCAAACGGUGAAUCACUUCGACAUUCCGAUGUACCUUGUGGGGUACAUUCCAGCUCACAACCGGGUCUACGUGGCCGACAAAAACCUCAACAUUUAUGGCUAUUCUUUAUCAUUAGCAUAUGUGGAAUAUCAGACGGCAAUCUUACGGGGCGAUUUAGAUGGUGCUGUUGAUAUUUUGCCCAGCGUACCCUCUGAUCAACGGAACAAGCUCGCGCGAUUCUUGGAAUCACAGGAUCUCAGAGAGCUGGCUCUUCAGCUCACCACAGAUGCCGACCACAAAUUUGAACUGGCAAUAUCGCUUGAUGAUCUAGACGCAGCGCUAGAUAUUGCACGGCAGGCGCCUGUGCCCGAAUGCGAAACUAAAUGGCGAGCGGUGGGAGAUAGGGCUCUAGCUGUGUGGAAAUUCGACUUAGCCAGGGAAUGCUUCGAAAAAGGCGGUGACACAGGCUCCUUGUUACUCCUGCAUUUGGCAACAGGCGACCGCGCGGGUUUACGUACGCUCGCUUCAUCGGCAUUGAAUAAGGGGCAAAAUAAUAUAGCACUAGCGGCCCUAUUGCAACUUGGGGAUCCUAAAGCUUGCGUUGACUUACUGGUCGAGACCAACCGAGUUGCGGAAGCUGCCUUGUUCUCUCGAACUUAUGCUCCAAGCCAGGUUCCCAGGGUAGUGGAUAUUUGGAAGAACGACCUUGCCGCAAAUCAACGGGGCCGGAUCGCCGAUUUAGUGGCCAGUCCAUCUGAUCAUCCGGAGUUGUUUGAGGAGGGUUGGGCGGAGGCACUUGACAGGGAAGCGGACCUCUCUGGAAAUAUUCAACCGGCAAGUGACGGUGAACGGGGCCGCCGGUGA